UGGGGGAUAUUUGUUAUGAGUUCAUCAACCGUACUAAAUCGACGAAGCUCAAUCACUUGGCGCUCUUAGAGAAUGAAGUUGAUUUGUGACUAGUGUGUGGUGAACAGAGAAUUCAUUUUGUGGUUGUUCUUGGAGAAGGUCGAAGUAAUAAAAUAUAUGAAAAUAUUUCAGUGAUCAGCGACUACAUUUCUUGUGUAAUACGGACCGUGCAAGUGUUAAUCUGUUUUUAGUAAGUUCAAUAUUAGAAUCUUGCUGGCUGUUUCAGUGUUGCCGCAAGAAUAUUUUUUACUCUGAAAUUUAAAUGACUCUGAAUAUUGAAAGCGUAAUAUAUACUAUAAUUUGGUUUAACUGUCAGAUUGUGACCUUAAAUUACUGAACGCACUAAGUUGGUUUAUUACAGGAGCAGCUGUUGUUACGAAGAAGAAUUAGGUCGAAAUUGUUGAGAUUUGACUGCACUUUAUAUUAAAUACACAAAAUUGAUAUCUGUUAUGUAGAUAUUUGUUGAUGGAUAUUGACGUGUAUUAAGAUAGGAGUGGGGUGACAUGAAGACAGGAUGAUUGGGAUCUAAUCAAGGCUACUUAUUAGUUAUUAAUAAAACAAUUUCAUAAACUGUCGACCAUGGAUACCUGUGAAUUCAUUAUGUAAUCAAUAUUUGUAUAAUUAAUUUACCAAAAUAUUGCAUACUUGAAAAAUGUAUUAAAACAAAGUGAAACCCUUUCUGAAGCCGAUCUAUUUAUCUGUGUUAAGCAAGCACAUAAAGAGACGAAGUUUGGUUUGUGCUCUGUUUAGAAGUGUUCGCUAUGCUUAACGAUGGUGGCAGUAGACUGGAAUUCGCAGUUCCCUGAGGCUACAUAACAGCGGAGCAGCAUUAUUUAAACUACAUUAUUCACUGCAGACAGACCAACAAUAAGGAAGCAGACGUGCAGAAUUGGGUGGUGGUGGUUGUAGUGUUUAUGCGUGUGCGCGUAUGGACCAUGUUCGAACCUUCGCCGUCCCCCAAUCAAGAUUUAAGCAGUUACCACAUUCCUGGCUUCGAGUAUGAGCACUCCCUUGAACUGGAUAUUCACAGACCGCUCAGGAAACAAAUUCUAGAUCCCGGUGAUGGUGCUGGUAAAAAGAAACCAAAACGUCGUGGACCUUUUUACUGGGGAUUAAUCAAUGUGCUCCCUCGUUCGCGCAAGUCAAAGAAUUCCACGGCUACUGUGUGUUUUAACGCUGGAAAUGGACAUGGCGGUCGGUAUGAGUACACGGCGCUGGAAGCGGACUCCAACGUGCACGAGCGGCUGGAACUGGAGCGGAAGGCACGGGAACGCGCCCAAAAUGCUUGUCAGCACUAUCUGCGGUCGUGUCCGCGAUACACCUUGCUGUACCAUCUCAACGACAUCGGCUCACGAGUGGACAAGCACUGGUUCGUGGUUCGCGACACAUCGAUGAAGACGGAGCGCCUCCUCACACUAGUGCCCCUCAGUCCCAACUGCGCCAUAGAAUGCAACCCCAGCACCAGAGGAACAAUCUUAGAACUGUUCCUGGCUCUUCAGCACCCUUACAUCUACCCCGUCCUGGACCUGGACUUUCGCGAUGUGUCGGGUCAGACCUUUGUUGUCUUGGUUCUGCCGUUCAACAACAAGGGCAGCCUCAAGGACCUUAUCUACAAGAGUCGAUGGCAAGAGGACUGGAGGCAGAAGUAUGGACAGCGUAGCGCGGGUUUGCCUGUGUCUCAGGUACAGCGGUUAGGACGCCAAAUAUUGGAGGCCCUUCUGUUCCUGAAAGAUCGUGGCUUCCCUCCCUGCAGCCACCUCCACUCCGGUAACAUCAUACUGCAGAAUGGAGUUGCCAGGCUGACGGGGUUGGAGAACACGUUACUGGGACACACUUCUCGCAUCCACCCAGUAAUUUGGAGCCGAGCCAGAACCGAGCCUCCGGCAGUCGACUCUAUCUGCUUCGGACAUGUGCUGUUCGAGAUGUGCGCUGGCUACGAGUUGUGUACCCCUCAGCCUAGCCAGGGACACCUCCUUGACAUCAGGAACUACCCUCAGGUGGUGGAGGUACUGGAGUUCAUCUUCCAGCACCCAGAACGACGGUUUCCUUCAGUGGAAGAGUUGCUAUUAUGUGACUUCUUCCGUAACAUCGAUCUGAGAGAGAUGAGAGCCACGCCACUUCCGCAAGCAUUCCAAACACGUCUAACAACUUCAACAAUGAGUCUACUAAAUGAAGUAAAGCAACAACAAUGUGGAAGGGGACAAAGAACACACUCUACCUCUUCUGCUACAGAAACUACUUCUCCAGACAUGGGGAAACGUAGAAAUAGCUGCAGCGGAGAUGAUGAUGACGCUGGAGGCAGUAGUGGCGCCUGGCGUCGGGACGAGGACUCAACAGAAGUUCAAGGCACCGAAUGUGAACCCUCUUCAAUUAAGCCCGACGUGUGGUGGUUGUCUGCCCCUCAGGAGCACCGCGACCUCAGUCUGCACCUUCAGGACGACAGCCCUGUAUCCAUGGAAACAAGAUGUCUCCUCAGAAUAAAUUGAAAAUUACGGAGAGUUGACUCGUGAAUAAGCAGAGAUUUCAAAAUAUAAAAUAAGAAACUGCGUAAUACCAGUCCCACACAGAGCUUCGAUCAUAAUCAGUUUCCAUGACAAAGGAAUGAAAUGAACAUAGAUUACAGUAAAGCCCGAAUAAAAAGUAAUAUGUAAUAAUAAUCAUUGUUUGCGGGUACUUGCCAACAGCAUAUACAAAUAAAAUAUAUUCUCCUGAGAAACCACAUCCCUAUAAAAAACAAAUGAACUGGCAUAUACUAUUAGGGUCGUUGGCAUAUCUUGCUGAAGACUGGACUUACAGUAUUGCUUACAGUAAACAUGGAAAAGUUCCGAAUUAAUUCAGUGGUUAUACAAAGGCUGAGAGUGUCCAUGCGAGAGUGACCUUUUCCCCCUUUAAAAGCAUUAUAAAGAAAUAGAUCACCAAGAUUUGAAUGUUCUUAACUUUAAACAUUCUAAAAACAAAUCACAGUUGCAAGAUAAAUGAAACUAAUAAACAUAAAUUCGAGAGUUCCUUUUUUAUAUUUUUCAGUUUACUGGAAUGUGCCAUUAUAAUAUUAUUCCAAGAGACCAAGGCAUACCCGAGCUCUGACCUAAUUAAAGUAACAUAUAAAACCCUACAGCUUUCAAAGAAUAAAAAUUUCCAGUUAUGAAGCAAACGAGCCCAAGAAGAUUUAGCGUCUCAGAAGAUGUGCAAUUACGAGUAAUGAGUUGAUGUAAACGCAGUUUACUGUUCAACCAGUUUAAUGUAUAACAUAACAACAAGAUCUUUCACACAGUCGGCAUUAGAAACUAAAACUUCAUUAUUGUGGUAGUUAGAAUGGAUAGUGUUACUGUUACGAAAACAGGAAAUUACGAUAAUUCUCUAAAUGCUGAAGUCCAAAUAAUAUUUAAACAUCAUAUUUGUAUAGCAUUAAAUCCGUCUGUAAACUGCAGUCUUGUACUGGCUUUACUGAUAGAUACAUAUUCAAAUCAUCAGCAAAUUAUAAAAAUUGAACUGAUAAAUUUUGUCAUAUAUGUCAUCGAUAAAAAUAUUAAGCAAAAGACCCAAGGUGGAGCCCUAGAUAAUAUGUAACUAUGAAAUCAAGUAAUAUAUCAUUAGGAGAGUCUGGAAAUGUUCAGUUUAUUUGACAAUAAAUUGUGCAAAACUUUAUUAUGUGCUUGAAUGAAAUUAAAUUAAUUUGAAUUACUUUUUUUUUGCGUGCUUAAUCAAUAGCCGAAAGGCCAAUUAUAAAGCAAGAACGAUAAAAAAAACAAAACAAAAAACAAACAGAGGCAAAACAAGAUAACUUAUAUUAUUCAGACAAUUAUAAUAAUUCAAAUUUUGAAUCACGGCAACAUAUGCGGCGAGAAUAUAUAUAUACAUAUUGAAGAGAUAAUAAUAGUAAAUAAUUAAUUCAGUUCCAAUUCAUUAAUGACGUGCUUGACAAGCGUUGAAAGAUAAUUACAGCCAAGCACUGAAGAAAUAAUAAUAUAGCAUAACUUUAUUUAACAAUAAAUUUUUCAUAGGUUUGCUCGCAGGAAUGAGGUGGAAGAACGUCCCUUAUAUUCCUCGAUAUGGUACAACAUACGUUUGUGAUACUGUAAGUGAGUAAGGAAAGUGCAAAGUGCCCUGUAAGAGCUUCUUACCGUUAGGCGGAACGAGUGAAUGUGCUAAUUUCUGCGAUGCCAAGCCGCGUUUUCAUGUCCUUCCUUGAACUGGAAAUAUUACGUAUAAAAUAUCUCGGUGCAUUCUUUUCCUCUCCUUUUGAUUCACAACUCAAAUAGGACCUCUACUUGUCAUUGCCAGACAGUCUCAACCGGUUACAUAAUGAAACAUUCAUUACACAAAGAACGUCACUGUUAAAUAUUUACGCUCCACUUUCGCGGUAUCAUGAUCGAUAAGAAAUUAACAAGAAUGUAAAUAAAACGACUUAAGGUUCGGCCGCACAGAGAGCUACGUACGCUAUGUUUGCUAUACGAACAGAAAA